CCAAUGAGAGGGCUGGGUUUCGCGCAUGGCUGUAGAGCCUUUUCAGAGCACUGUCGAGGCUCGCCAGUUCGGGCGAGGUGUCCCCAGGUGUGCAAGUACCCGCCAGUACAAACAAAAGUGGCACACGCGGGCGCACCAUGGUGAACGGCCCACAACCGAUACAUAUCAAAUAACGCACUGACUUACUGUAACUACAACUAAUAUACUCUACUACAUACUAUUUACUCUCGCGAUAUUUACACUUACUAUUGUGCAUUUGGGAUAUUUAGGGGUUUAGCACUUUUUGGUAUAUUUUGGGGGGUCGGCUAGUUUUGUGGGGGGUGUUGGAAGUGUCGACCGUGGAGGCGGAAGGCGGUGCGCUGUUAGGGCGGCUGGGGGGCGCGCUGCGCGGGGGCGCCGCCGCCGCCUCGCCCGCGCGGGUCGCCAGCUCCAUCCGGGGCUACCUCUCCAACAAGGUCGGCUCGCUGCAGCUCCGGGACACAGGUUCCGAACUCCCUCUCGAGGUCCCGCCGAAGGACGACGCGUAAAUGUGUGAGCGACACGCGAAUAUCACACCGAGGGCCACCCUAGCCCUCCUCUGAAGAUGAGCACAGCACCCCACAACAGAUAGAAUCGUAUAAACGUGAUACAAAUAAUCCAAGAUGGCGGAGGGACCACAAUCGAUAUGGCAGAAGAUCGACAACGCGGUCAUCCCGAUGGUGAACCUGGAGGUGCGGGAGGUGCGGGAGAUACUGUGGGAGAAGAUCAAGGAGCCGACCUCGCAGAGGAAGAUCAUCCUGGUCAUCGUGUCCAUAGCGCUGCUGCUGGACAACAUGCUGUACAUGGUGAUCGUGCCCAUCAUCCCCGACUACCUGCGGUACAUCGGCGCCUGGGGCGAGGCAGGGUAUGACCACGUGGUCACUCUAGCGCCCUACAAGGAAGGCAAUAAGACUAUCACACCGACCAAAAUCAUCCCAGCAUCGCAUGAGGGCCAGGACUCGGCGACAGGCGUCCUAUUCGCCUCGAAAGCUAUCGUACAACUCAUGAUUAACCCAUUCUCUGGUGCCUUAAUCGACCGCAUCGGGUACGACGUGCCCAUGAUGAUCGGACUCAUCAUUAUGUUCCUCUCCACAUCGAUCUUCGCCUGCGGCCGGAGCUACAGCAUGUUGUUCUUUGCGAGGAGUUUGCAAGGAGUAGGCUCGGCCUUCGCUGAUACAUCGGGACUUGCGAUGAUAGCGGACAGGUUUACUGAAGAAAACGAGAGAUCUAAAGCUCUUGGGAUUGCUCUAGCCUUCAUCAGCUUUGGUUGCUUAGUCGCUCCCCCAUUCGGAGGUGCUUUGUACCAGUUCGCUGGGAAAGAGGUCCCAUUCCUGAUCCUAGCGUUGAUAUCAUUGAUGGACGGGUUCAUGCUACUUCUGGUAAUGAAACCGCUAAAAACGCAGAUCAAAGAAGCUAGAGAGCCUAAGCCCGUGAGUACUCCAAUCUGGAAGCUACUGAUGGAUCCUUACAUCGCGGUCUGCGCAGGCGCACUGAUGAUGUCUAACGUAGCUCUGGCCUUCCUUGAGCCAACCAUAUCGCUCUGGAUGGAAGACAAUCUGACCAAAGACAACUGGAAGAUCGGAAUGAUUUGGCUGCCUGCAUUCUUCCCGCACGUGCUCGGUGUGAUCAUUACUGUCAAAAUGGCGAAGAAAUAUCCUCAGCAGCAGUGGCUGAUGGCAGCCGGUGGCCUGGCCCUGGAAGGCUUGUGCUGCUUCAUAAUACCAUUCGCAAAUUCAUACAAAAUGCUGAUGAUACCUAUCUGUGGUAUUUGCUUCGGUAUCGCCCUCAUCGACACGGCGUUGCUGCCUACCCUCGGUUACCUAGUGGACGUGCGAUAUUCAUCUGUGUACGGGAGCAUCUACGCCAUCGCCGAUAUAUCGUACUCCUUCGCGUACGCUGUGGGCCCCAUCAUUGCUGGAGAAGUGGUGGAAGCUAUAGGGUUCACUGCUUUGAACCUGUUCAUCGCCUUCAGCAACCUCUUGUACGCUCCAGUGCUCAUGUACCUGCGGCAUAUCUACGACUUCAAGCCGUUUGAGAACGAGGCCAACAUCCUCAUGGCUGACCCACCAGACAAGGAGUACCAGACCUACAGCCUGCAAGACCAGCGACCAGUGAACGGGGAGUAUAAAAACCAUCUCGAGUACUCGAACGUGUCAGGGCAAGUGGCUGGGACUGAGGAGUCCAACGUGGAUUCGGGUGCCGGGUACAGCUACGACCAGUCCUACCAAGGAGGGUAUCAGAACUACAGCCAGGGGUACGAGCAGCAGCAGCAGCCGCAGCAGGGCUACCAGCAGGAGUACCAGGAACAGUACAGUCAGCAGCGGCAGCUCCCUGCGCAGCCGCAGGCCCCCGCCAGCAACCCGUUCCGGGCCGGCACCGCGGCGGCCGCGCCCGCGCCGGCACCUGCGCCCGCGCCGCAGCCCACCAUCAAGAACCCCUUCAGGCAAGGCUUCUAAACUCACUCCAGAAUCAGUGUUGUUGUCGAUAUUUUUGAAUUUACUUGUUGUGUAAUUAUAAAUGUCCUAUUUGGGUAGACGUCAACUGUUCGGUACACUUGCUUGCGAUGUUACGCGUCGAUCUAUUUACAAGCAUAAAGUACAAACAUUCAACUUGCAGGAAGCUUGUUUGUGACAAGAAAUUAUACACAUAUUUUCUUAAAAACAAAGUAGAACAAUAUCUUGUAAGGUACCAUCGCAGGCGGGUGUAGCGACACUUGGCAAUAGUACUUCGAUCACUGAGCCGUAAUGUAUCGGCGCGUUAUUAUAUGUCUGAUAGAUGUCUAUAUAGCUGUGCUUGUAACGUAGACUAUAUGCCGGGUGCACUGGCAACACUACUUUUAUUGAUUAGAUGAGUAAACAAGAAUAAUAUCUUGAAGAGAACUGAGGUUUUGUACUGAGUGAAUUGAAGAUUUGUAAAGAAAAAUAAUAAGGUAAUGAAGAUGAAACACGCGUGGGAAAAUGAUAUGAAUGGUCAAAGGAGUCUGGAAAACACCAUGGACCGUGAAACUAUGAUGGUAAACUAAAAGUAUUGUUGCCAAGCCCGUUGUUUUCUUGUUGAUUAAUAUUCUGAUAUAAACAACUGUUAUGCCUUUUAAUAGUAUAUAGAACUAUAUCUGAUGUGAGAAUUAUAUAAACUAUAACAUUUAUAUGUGUAUAAGGAGAUUCAAAUGUGGAGGUACAGCAAAUGCGGAGGACGAUAUUACGCACGUUGAACCACAUUGGUGGAUAUACAACCUUAUUAUAAAGAUAAUAAGGAUCAGAAUGCGUAUGAAACUAGUACUCAGAUAAAGAUCCUCCGUUUUUGGCGUGUUUCUAUAAAUAUAAAUGUACUAAACUCGGGAAAAGAACCAUAUUUAAUGGAACAUACAAAUUCUAACUAUUAAAGUUUUUCCCACUGUUAUAUCGCUAAGUAGUCGAUAGCUAUAGUUUAAGGUAGACAUUUUAAAAGUUCAGCACGAGUAUGAUACACGCACUCACUACGUAAGGGCCUAAAUAUUUAUUUGUAACUCUCGGCACUUACUGGCGACACUACAGCGUGUUGCCAGAACUCACAUUAAUGGUCAGACAACACCCUGUAGAGGACGCCAACCAAUCGUAACUGUCGCGUGGACGUUACGAUACCUGUACAUAAUCAUAAACAUAUCAAAAUAGUUCUUAUCGUACAUAAAUUAAAUCUCAAAAUGCGAUGUAUCUUAAAUAUAUUUUUAGAAAUUUAAAAUGUAUGUCGUAUGCUAACCCAGCAAUACUAAGCUAAGUAUCAUCGUAUCUCGCUUCGAUAUCAAUUAAUUCGAUAAAUAUCAAUUAAAAUAUCAAUUAGAUAUAGUAUAGUAUAGUCAACGUGAUAAGUUGCAACCAAGGUAACGAAACAUAUCAGAAUCUUUUGAUUCACGUAGGUUAAGUAAGCUUAUAUAGACUUAUACAUUAAUUAUAAAUUAUAUAUAUAAUUUACGAGGUAUAUUUUGUGUAAGUGUACAGUAGUUAGUAUGUGUUUCUGUCGUUGACUUUACUGAGGUAGGUUCGUACCAUCAGCACACAGCAUGGCGCUGUCGACAGGCCGGGGGGAGCUGGCAGGGGACUUGAUUGAGGGAGAAUGGUUAAAUAUCGUAUGUUGGAAAUUAAAGCUUGAGUAUAUCGUUGAUGAAUGAAAGACUAAUAAAAUCAAAUGCAUCAUUAAUAAAAACUAAAUAUAAUAACUAUGAGAAAUGUGAAAAUUUUGAUGAAAGAAAAAGGCAAUGGUGAUCGUAAACCUAAUUAACGAUAUAUAAUAUACAAUACAUUAUGUAUUGGAUGCAUACAAUUAUAAAAUAUCUAAAAAGAGUUGAAAAAGUAUUUGAAUAGAAGAGGGUUGUUAAAAGAAAUGGAAUAGAAGUCCGGGGGCUCCUCCCGACCGACCGACACGAAUAACAUUUCGCAGACGACUGAGCAACAAGAGUCAAAAUUAAAAGAUAACUAAAAUAAUUGUACAAGAAAACGUGACGCGCCCGAUAUGUCAAUUGAGAGUGUAUAAAGUUAAAAAAAAGUGAUUAUUGUGAAUAAAAAUUAUUCGUUAAAAGUUAUUACUGUCGUAAACGUUGCUAAGGUUAAUCAGUUGCCGUUCCCAUGGAAACCAAUCCGGUACUUAUAGUGUUUGAGUUAGAAAGUGGUACUUUAAAUGAUUUGUGGUUUAGUACCCAGCCUGCAGAGUACAAUAGAGACCGUAGCAGUUGUCAGGAGCACACACACUUAAUUGUUUCGCACAAACAUUUUCAUACUUUCAGACUAUUAGGUAGAGGGAGAGAGGAACUAUUUUUUUAGAUCGACAAGUCAUUUGGGAGGUACAUGUUCAAGUGAUUUAUACGUAAACAACUUCAACGUGUACUAGGGCUGGUUAUUGAAUUCAGAGUAAAUGUGUGUUUACGGUAAUACCAAGCUUGUUACGGAGGAUCAAAGGACCUCUCUCGCACACGUAUUCGUAAGUUUAGAGUCAAUUUUCGUGUCAAAUUCUCCCGAAAUUCAAUUAAUUAGUAGAUUGUGAGCACAAAGACGUAAUAUUUAUUGUACGAGUAUAUUUAAGUAUGUAACUUGCUAAGUGAGUUCUGAUCGUUAUAUGUGUUACAAAGUUAUAGUAUAAUUAUAACAUAACAUAUAACAAACGAUUUUUAAACGAGAAUUGAAGAGAUGCGCAAUAACAAAUGAUAUAAGGUACAACCAGUGUGAUUAAAAACAUUAACUGCUAAAAAAUCCCCAGGAUUUCUCAACUAUGUGACAUCUUUUAAAAGUAAGGGAGAAGAAUGAAAUAUAAUGGUAACUAAUAAAAUGAUCUCAAUUCUCAGACAGCUAACUACUCUCGAUCAGAACCCACCAGCGAGUUUUAGAUAGCAGUGUAUUAAGUUGUGUAUUGUGGGAAUUAUAUUAUACAUAUAAUUGUGUACUAUUUGUGUACUAUUAUAUCAGCAAUAAACGCCAGUAUCGCAGACAUAUCACUAGGUUUAAGAUAUACAAUCUACAAUUUUAUACUUAUGCGUAUAUUUUUUGAUAAUACGAUUGUCAUAUUAAUUAUAUUAGUAUUGUAUUGUAUACACCAUCUUCCGUGAUUUAUACGAGCACAAGUUUUACAAUUAUGUAUUUUUAUUUCCUACUAGUAUUUUAAAUUUUAUAUACAGUGAAACCUCGUUAAGUGAGACUUCAAGGGAUCUUCAAAUUGGUAUCACUUAUAGAGGUAUUCCACUAACCCAGUGUCUCAGAUAACCAGGUAUAAAUAAACAUUUGUCUCAUUUACAGAGGGUUUCAUUAAUGGAGGUGAACAUACGGGUUAUUUUACAUAAUCAGGUGUGAUUCUUAAAUAAAACCAAUGUGUUAUGUGCACAUUAUAAAUGAAUAAGAAUAAGUAAAUCGACAAACAAAACGGUGUUGUCUCAGUUAAUGAGGUUUAUACAUCUAAAAUUAACUUACUGUCUCAGUUAUAGAGGUAACUAAGAUGAUAAAUCGAAAGAACGAAUCCCAGAUAUAGAGGGUUGUUUGUCCCACUAAUAGAGGUAAUUCAGUGCCAAUGGGUAGGGACCUCAGUAUGAGUUCCAUUUGUGGAGGUUUCUCACUUAUCCAGGUCCCACUUAACCAAGUUUCACUGUAUAUAAUAUGUAGUUGUAUAAAACUCUAUGUAUUGUUUCAAAACUAUGUAUAAUUUACAUUGUAAUCUCUGUAUUUGGGUGAUUCUACAAAAAAAAACACACAAAAAGUUAACGGCGUCAUUAUCCUCAACCAAAAGUUAACAAUUCUGCCGAUUGAAACACAAAAUUUGAAAACCAAUCCUAUCAAAAUGAGGAUGAUAAUAAGCUACCACGAUGCUUAAUGAAGCGGGAGAAUAAUGACUUGUUAAAUAAAACUUAAAACUUUUUGAAGAAACACCCAUUCAUUUAUUUUAUUUGAAUUAUCUAUUUUAAAUCGUUUCCCAGUUUCAUUUAGUAUUCGUAUAACUAUUUAGAUAUAUAAUUUAAACAUGAAUUAUACAAUAGCUCUUCUAUAACACGAAUCUCAGUAUAAUUUAGCUUUAUAUCUUCAAACGCUUUCAAAUGUAGUCUUUUAAAAUAUUUAGUGACUAGAAUAUCCUAGUGUUAGGUAAAGUAGUUCCCUUAAGUUCCAAGUUAUAUCUUGUGCCAUCUUUUAUCUCUUUAAUAUUAAUCCAGUGAGGAAUAUUGAAUCAUUAAAUAUAGUAUAUAAUAUGUAUAAUAUCUAUUCAAAUCAAUUUUGUUUCUAUAUGUAUAAAUUAUAUUAAUAUUUAUAAAAUGUACUGAAGAAAUUUUAUACUAAUUAUAAAUAUCUAAAUUAUAUAAAAUUCCAGUUUAAAACAAUAUUAUACAUUUUUUUAUAAUAUGUAUAAGCAAAAUAUAAAAUUUGUUGGGUUAUAAUUCAUAUGAAAAAGUUUUAUAUAAAUGGUGUUUCGAUAUUUCUCAUUGGAUUGACUAAGAUUGUAUCGUUGCUAACACUACGCACAAUGUUAGUAUAUCAAUGUUCUAGCUUCGGCUUGUGUACAUUAUCCGUUUGGUAGUUUGUUCGUUUGUAACUGUAGACGUAGUCGUUGUGAAUCUUACUCUUAUCUCGAUGUUUCACACGAAAUGUAACUGCAAACAUUACAUUCUACGAGUUAUUUAUUAUACAAUAUAUUUAUUAUACAUUAUAUUUAUACAAUAAAGUCACUGUAUUAAUUAUUAUACUGCAAUAUCUAUAUACCACAAUAUUGGUUGAAUUAGGCAGUAUAUCUAUAUUACCUGAAAAUGAAGUCUUGCAAAUAUUUAUACAAAAAAGAUCCAUGUAUAAAUAUCUUCUAUAUAUAAAAUUCAAUUGCUGUUCGUUAGUCCGCUAAAACUCGAGAACGGCUAGACCUGUUUGGAAAAUGUUGGUCCUGAAUUAUUUGUGGAAGUCUAGGAAAGGUUUAAAAGGUCAGAAAAAAAUGUUCGAGGUGGCACGAAGUUGGUCGGGUCAGCUACAUCCCUUCCAUGUACACGGACUAUUAUAUAAAUAUUAUUGUACGAUUAUCGUAUUGAUAUCAGGAUAUUUAUAAAUUAAAGUUAUACUGUGAACUAUACUACUAGUAGUAAUGUUUGCAGCUACUUUCAGUUUAGGUCAGUACCCGUCCGUUAGUUCUACUCUAUCUAUAAAGUACUAUUAGGAGCUCGUUUCAUCGUCUACCUACAUCUAAAUCAUUAUCCUAAUUACUUAUAAUCUACAUUUCCAACAGUCAUAUAAUGUAUAUUUUUAUUUUUACCUUACCUCUGAAGUAGACGCUGCUAUUUUCCAUAAUUUAAACAUCCCUAGUAGAUAUAUUUUGCAUUAAAAUUUUGAGCAUCAUAGAGUAGUUGAUGUUUUUAGAAUUAUUUAAUAUUAAUUACAGUGGUAAUUAAAGUUGAACUUGUAAAUAUAUCAGUCGAACACCCACACAAGUACGAGUGAUAAGUACAGUAACAUAUAGAAUAGUAUAUACUGUAUAAGUCAUUAUUUAAAUCGCAUACAUAGAGACAUAAUUCUUAAUUACACAUCGUCACGUCUCAAUUCAUUCUAGAUUAUGUUUAAAUAUCACUGUUAUAAAGGUUAUUUUUAAAUGUCACAUGUUUUUUGACUUCAAGUAUGAUUUAAGUACAGCCACUUUUUUAUAAGUUAUAUGUAAAAAAAUAUUCCAAAAGACGUACUCUAUCUAUCUUCACCGACUUUAAAACGAAAGUGUAGCAUUUCAUAUAAAUUAAGUCAUUCCAAUAUCUAGUCAUUUAAAAUUAUAAUCUCAUUAUAAUGUAUCAGCUGUUUUAUCAGACAGCUUAUAAUUAUAAGUAUAGAGUAAUUAUAAGAAUUAUUAUAAUUACUGAAUAAGUACUUAUAGUCGCUUCUAGGCUAAGUUUAUCACAAAGAUAUUAUACUUGAAUACCUCAAAUUUAUAAUUUCUUCGUCACUUUAGUUUAGUUUAGACAUUGUUGAAUAUUAGUAUAAAUAUGCUUAUAGCUUGUUCAAGUUCGAUAUUUUGAAAUAUCGUAACUUAAAACAAAAUUUAAAAUUUAUUAAUAAUGUAUAAUUUUAGUUUUGAAAAGUAUAAUUAUUAUACGUUAGCAUUUGUAGCUUACAUUUAAAUGUGUAUAAUUACAAUUUAAAAUAAUCGUAUUCUAAUUAUCGAUAUCGAGUAUUGAAAUAUGAUAAUUGUUUGUUAGGAUACAAUAUAUAAAAAAUAUUAUAUUAUUAUAUAUUCCAUAAUAAAUAUCUAUGUAUGUAUUUUAAAUAAAAUAUUAUUUCUGUAAACUAAUUAUAACAAAAAUAUAUAUUUAAUCUAUCUUUUCAAUAUGUAUAAAUAUCUAUGUAUGUAUAAUAUAUUAUAUUCGUAUAAUAUUUAUUUAUUGAAGCUUAGCGUAAUUAUAAAUCUAGAUUAAAAUUAUAAUCAUCUUAAAUUAUUAUUAUAAUCUUAUAAGUAGCUGUAUAACAUUAUACAUACUCAUGCAAACAUUCUAGUCUUAGACUUUAGACAUUAGAGAAUAGUUGAACACUUUGAAAAUGUAAAAUACUAACUAAUUGUUAUUUUUAAACUCGUGAUAUAAUUUUGUUGUUUGAAAAUUAAUAUGUUAUGGCUUAUUGAAUAGCUAUGUAAUAUAUCCGGUUGCUCGUUUAGAUAAUAAUGUACACUGACAAAUAUGGUACAAUGUUUAAAAAAGUUUAAAAUUUGAAGACAAAGUCUUUUAAACUAAUUUAAAAAGAACUCAGUUUUUAAACUACAGCGAGGGAAAUAACAACAGCCUGUAUGUGCUGAGUUCGUGUUGUCAGUGUGUCAUGUUUGUCAGUGUAGUUCAGUGUAUAUCGUAUCUUACUAGUGCGUGGUAACGAAACUAUCAACAUUAUUAGAUAACUAACAAAAUAACAUGUAACCGUACAUUAUUCUAUUCUAGUUGUAUGUAAAGUGGUCGAAAUCAAAAUCAGUGAUCGAAUAAAAUUGUUACGACAAAAAAUAA